AUGAAGCGCAGUCACUCGCCUGAAACGCCUCGGCCAUUCAGGAAUCGAAACAUCAGCCAGGAUCGCACUCGCACUCGGACACUGUCAAGCUUGACCUCCUCAGUAUCUCCACCGCGAUUGAAAAAGUCGGCGUCAAGAGUUGAUAGGUACCACUCCAAUCGACCUAAGAACGACGACACGACUUCCUUGAGUCUAGCGGCAGUCGAAGCUGGUCAGGUGAAGAUUGAUGACCCGGUAGAGCUGUUCUCAGCAAGGCUCGCUGCAGCAUCACGGCCAGUAUCAACAUUCACAGAAGGUAGUAGGCUGCCUGUCAAAGACUGGAUUGACCUAUAUUCAAGGAACCAGCAUGAAAAUGGCUGCCAUUUCGUAAUCCAUCAGCACGACCAUCCCAUCGCGGGUCCGCAUUAUGAUCUCAGGCUUCAGUUUUCUGAGUCCAGUUCGCUAAGCUGGGCAAUAAUGUAUGGCUUACCUGGAAAUCCGAAUAGCAGUAGAUUGAAUCGCAACGCAACGGAGACAAGAGUACAUUGCUUAUGGAAUCAUUUGAUUGAGACAGGGUCUUCUAAUACGGGAAGCAUGAUUAUUUGGGACACCGGCGAGUAUGAAGUGUUACCGUAUAAUGCAACAGAAAACCCCCUAGAGACUGAGGAUUCGGCAUCGGACGCAUCCACUAUUUCUGCUGAAUUUCCUAUCCGUGAGCAACGUCCAUCUGAAAGUGAGAAACUUCGGCAGGCUUUUCAGAACCGCAAAAUCCGCUUACGGUUGCACGGCACUCGCUUGCCGAAGAACUACACAAUGUCACUUCGUCUCUCUAUGGAAGACGACAAUGCCGCUAGAGCGAGACCGACGAAUCAAAAGCGCCGGCGUCGACGUAUAAAUCCUGCCUUUAUGAAACCGGUUCGAACGCCUUCCACGUCUCGCUCUCCAUCGCCCGAAAUAGCCCACCGGCAAUCGUCGAAUUCAGUGCGAACUAUCAACGAUAACCAUGGCGAAGAAGACAUACAUGGAAGUCACUCUGCUUCGGAAUCAGAGUCGGAGCAAGCCGCGGAUAUGAAGACGCGUCUCACCAACGCAUAUCCAGGAGCAGUCAAUUCUAUUGGUUCUGUCCACCAGCGUCGUUGGUUCAUUACACUAGACCGUAUGAACAGCGGGUUCAUUCGUGAUAGCAAACGCAAGAUUUGGAAGAGGAAGGAAGCAACCUGCGAUCAGGAUGUCUCGGGCUUUGAACCAUUCUACGUUCGCGGACCUGAAUUUGAAAGGAGUGUAGUGACCGGACGAACCGGCAACGAAGUUCUCAAGGACGAGAAUGUCGAGGGCUUCAUUCCUAGACGUGGCUGGAGACCAGUACUCAAUUGAUGUCUCAGACCAGGGUACUAUUGUUCAAGUUCCUGUGUCCAAUUCUGCUCGAUGGUCUGGCAACUUCAGAUUACCUAAAGACCAUAUACAUGAAUCGAUUCCGACGCACAUCAUGUGUCCACCCCAAUUUUGGUUGAGUACAUCGUGAAAGCCCAUUGUAGUAGCAUUCCAACCCCACAUUUCUGCCCCAGUAACUCGCACUUCUAUAAAUUCAAGCGAAAUCUAGCCUCUUCCUUUUUAUUACCCACAAGACGCCUAAAUGCUUUCAGUCUUCCCUUGGGUUUGCCUUCUCUUGCUCCUCCAACAUCUCCCUUAUGUAUUCAUUAAGCCACCAAUUUUUCGAUUUCUCUGUGCCGAGUUUGGCGGCACCCUCAAUACGACCUAAACACUUCCCCUCUCCUGCACCGCACCAGCAAUCGAAAGGCUGGGCCAUUGCCCAUUCCGUACUUGGAUAGAAAAAAGAAAGCUUGUCCCCUUUUUUUAGGUCGCGAUCACGGCUUACCCGUAUCUCCAUGCACGACAUGUCCCAUUCCAGUGUUGGUUCACACGAAUGGUUGAUAUAUUGAAGAUCCGAGUUUAGUUCGAGAUGCAGAUCAGGUCCAGCCUGUACGGACAAAUAAUUCGGCGGAGAAAUGGUUGUCACUCCAGUAAUGCGAGCGAAUAGCGCCCCCGCGGGAAGGUCGACAAGUGAUUCCGACCAUGAUCGAAAAUCGCCGUCAGCAUGUUUCACCACCAUCAAGCGAUCUAGAUCCGGAUUGACCCAGGCAGGAAGCAAUGAAGCAUUAUCUUUGGAGGGUGUAUGGUUCGCCAUUGUCGGGUAUUGGGUGAAAGAUGGAGUUUAGCAGCGUUCACGUCCUGAGAAACCGGAAAUUACACCAGUCAGCUGAAAAAUGAGAGGGGAUUGGCAUUUAUUGAGUGGGUUUUAUAAUCAUUUCUGAGGCAUAUAACGUUUCCGGUGGACACGUCCCGAGCCGAGGCAAAAGAAGAUUCUCCGGAUGCAUACACCCCGAUCAUUACCUGUUGGUUCUCCAAACACAAGGAAUACGUAGUUACAAUCCAAUCGAGCCAAUGAGUCUAGUAAUAUGGUUGAUUCCUUAUUUUGUGAAAUUCCUUCUCUCCUUUUCUUUCUCCUCAUGCUCAGUCAUUUCAGUUAACUG